AUGGCUAUCAGAUUCCCUUCUAUGCUAUCUACUGCAAAACAAAUCCUUAGCAGAAAUCAGCAUACAGCAGCAGUUCCAAAAGGUCAUAUCCCAGUUUACGUAGGUGAUCAGGCUAACAAGAAGAGACAUGUAGUGCCACUUUCAUACUUAAGCCACCCUGCAUUCCAAUGCAUGUUACACCAUGCUGAACAAGAGUUCGGUUUUCAUCAUCUUAUGGGUGGUCUGACGAUUCCAUGCUCCGAAGAAACAUUCUUUGAACUAACUUCUAUUAACACUGUACAUAAUUACAGAUCUCAAAUCUUCUCUUCUGCAAAACAUCCCAUUUCUUCCCAAGUUCUCUUGCACGAUUUCACUGCAGGAAUGGCUAUCCGUAUUACUUCUGUACUCUCUAAUGCAAAGCAAAUUCUUAACAAAAGUGAGCAACUAGUCCCAAAAGGACACAUCCCAGUUUAUGUAGGCAAGCAAGCUGAUAGGAAGCGAUAUGUGGUGCCUCUUUCUUACUUAAACCACCCAGUAUUUCAAGACUUGCUACGGCGUGCUGAAGAAGAGUUCGGCUUUCAUCACCCUAUGGGCGGUCUGACAAUUCCAUGCACUUCUGAAACAUUCUUUAAGUUAACAUCUGAGCUGAAACAGUGA